UCCCUAACAAUCCCUCCUCUGAAGAGUCUAACCAUGGCACAAAAAAAAAUCUUAUCUCUAGGGCAGUCUUGAAUGAACUGUGGCCGAGUGAGGUGUAACGGUUGGAUACACAUUCGGUGAUACUCUGAUACUCGAUAGUAUCCAUAUUACCGACUAUAUUCACUGAACUUUGAUACUUACUUUGAGGUACCAGCAUCGCGGUGAGCAUGGAUGCGUUGCUGAGCGCCGUGCUGACGUUGGUGUGGCCCGUGCUGCGCGUGCUGAGGAGAGCCUAUGACAGCAUCGUACACCUCGCCUUCGCUGCCUUCUUCUCCUUCAGGAAGACCACGCCCCUGCCACCGGUCUUCAAUCCGAACUUGCUUCUCUCUGCCACCCAACUCGCCAGGGCCAUCAGGGAGGGAAAGCGCACGAGCGUGAGCAUCGUACGAGCGUACAUCAGUCGCACGAGCGACGUGAACCCGCUGCUCAACGCCCUCGCUCAGGAGGACUUCCAGGAGGCGCUGCAGGAGGCGCGCCGCGUCGAUGAAAGGAUCGCUCAAGGUUUCAAGAACGGCACGCUGACGGUGGAGGAGCUAGAACGCACCCAACCCUUCUUGGGGGUGCCCUUCACCGUCAAGGAAUCCAUCGCUGCCGCAGGUCUGUACCACACCGGCGGGCUCAUCAGCCGCCGCUACACGGUCGCCCAGCGCGACGCUGAGGUCGUCGAGCGCGUCAGGAAGGCUGGCGGCAUCUUGCUGGCAACCACGAAUGUGUCGGAGCUCGGCAACUGGUGGGAGUCAGAGAACAGGUUGUACGGCGCCACCAACAACCCCUACAACCUCAACCGCACCCCUGGCGGGUCGUCUGGAGGAGAGGCGGCGCUGAUGUGUGCCUGCGGGACGCCCCUGAGCAUAGGAUCCGACAUCGGCGGAUCCCUCAGGACUCCCGCCCUCUUCUGUGGGCUGUUCUCCCACAAGCCCACCGCCGGCCUGAUCAGUGCUCGGGGUGUAGGUAUCUCCGAACCUCCCUCCCCCAACACAGUCCUCACAGCGGGCCCCAUCACCCGACACAGCGAGGACCUAAUCCCCAUGCUGAAGGUGCUAGCAGAUCCCCAAGUGCUGCCCGAGUAUCACCUCGACGCGCCGGUCAACCUGGCGCAGGUGAAGGUGUUCAGCGUCGCGGACGACGCAGGCGGGGUGUUUACAUCGCCAGUCUGCCGCGAGCUGCGGCGCGUGCAGGAGGCUGUCGUCACGCACUUCCUCGCCACGCAUGACAUCUCCGUCACUAAAAUGAGAUUACCAGCGCUGCAGCGCUCGUUCUGCAUUUGGCUGGAGAAGAUCAGGGAGGAGACCAGCGGCCGCCCCAACAUCAAAGAGCAGCUCGCCGACUCUAAGGGUGAGAUCAGCACGUGGACGGAGGUGGUGCGUGCAGCACUGGGGCGCGCAAACCACACGUGGCCGAGCCUCUUCCAGGCCAUCGCUGAGGACUGGGGCACCGGAGGCCCCAAGGACGGCAAGAAGGCCCAGCCGCAGUGGCGGGGCGUCUUGGGCAUCCUUCAGAGAACGUUGGGCAGUACAGGGGUACUGCUGUACCCCUCCCACCCAACUCUCGCCCCCCACCACCGUGAACCCUUCAUGCUCCCCCUAAACUUCACGUACACCGCCAUCUUCAACGCCCUCGGCCUGCCUGUCACCCAGGUGCCUCUAGGCCUUGCCUCCAACGGCCUGCCUAUGGGCAUACAAGUGGUGGGCGGCCUGAAGAUGGACCGACUCACCCUGGCGGUCGCCGCGGAUCUCGAACGAGCUUUUGGCGGCUGGCGAUGCCCAGCCGAAAUCUUGUGAUACUAACUACAAGGAUAAUUAUAGAACUGUUAUAGAAUAGUUAGAUUUAUAAUAACUUAGUUUUUCUAGUAGUAAACUUGGGCAUCUUCGUGUACUCCACACUGUGGCUCUUUUAGUGUAAUUUAUUUCUUAUUUCCAAUCAAAAUACUGCUUCUGAAAGCGGAAACAUACGAAACGUACAACAUUUCAAUCAAAAUAAGAUAGAUUUUACGGGAGAAAAUGGUUUGAAAAUAUCCAUCUGACAAGAUGAAGAAAAGUCUAAAUACCUACCUCUUAUGCCUGCUUAUCAAUAUGUAUAUAAUCUAACUACAUUAUCUUGAUUAAUAUUGACGAACCUACAAAUUCCUUCUAAGUAAACCCGCACUAAGCGAACUGCACUACAACUAGUGCGAUUUACCUGAUAUCCGACAUUAAGUUUUAUCACAUUUUGGUGAAGAUAACAUCUCGUUUUUCUGUGUGAUUGGUGACAUAUUCGCUAGAUAUAUUGCCUAAAUCAGUCCCUGUACCAUUGCUCAAUUAUUGACUAAGAGAGUAGAUCUUUAAUGGAGUUUACGUGUCACCGGGAUGCUCGUCUCUCACUAUAUUUAUAAUCUGUAGGGCUUGUGCCAACGAAUCGAAACUCUUAAUAAAACAAUGUGUUGUUUUGAUGUAGUAUAUGAUAUACGUAUUUGAUGUGUUUGGAUGCAUUUAUUUUGAGGUUAGAUGUACAGAACGUAGACAUGACUCCUACAUGUCGCACAUGUUGUACAGCCUCGCUAGUCUUUGUGUGCGGUCACGUACCCAACAUUCGCACGACGUACACAUGUAGAUUCUUCAUUAACAACCGAACAUAAAAUUGAUUUUUUUGCAAUCGUCCAUGAUUGCUGAAUUUCGCCAUCUAUCUGGACUGAAAUAUUCAGUUGGUGUUUGUAUUAUUACUCAAAUUGAAUCUAAUGGAAGAUUUUAAUGGAGGCGGUAUCAUUUGGACGUGUCGUCAUGCACAAUCACCCGCUAUACAGUGAGCCAUUACUCAACAGUUGCUUAAGAUUUUAUGAUAAUUUUAAAACUGGUGCCAAAUGUGUUUUCAUAUAUUUUCGUUUAUUGUUAGUUACAUGUAGUCGAGUAGCAAAUAUUGUGUGCAGCUCUUAAUUAAAUGGGGAUAAAUAGUAGAAUAUCAAUGUUUCAGCAAUUAUAAAUGGGCAUACUAGGUAAAAUUGUAAACAGAAAAGUGUUUAUUAUAGAAUUAUAUUUUUAA